AUGGAUAAUUCAUUGGCUAUUUCUUUACUAGCAUUUAUUUUAGGGCCGCUAUUAGCAAUUUUUAUUAUUCAAUUUUCACUUAAAUUUCAAAGAAAAGUAAGCAACUAUAUACUGAAAAUUUUAUUGGGAAUAAAUUCUCAAUAUGAAUUAGAAAAAAGCAUCACUCCCCCCCCUUUAAAUUGAAACAAAAUAUAGGUAAAAUUCCUACUUUUUUGGGAAAUUACCCCCCCUUUAAAUUGAAACAAAAAUUUUAUUAUAAUAGAAAAUUUUAUAGGUAAAAAUCAUUAUUUUAUAUGUAAAUACGUUAGUACCCUAUUUAAUAUGCUUCAAACAUAUAAGAUUUAGAAAUUAAACUCUAUUUUGUCCAAUUGUUAUGGGGAGAGUUAGAAGAAUACCAUUUCAGCAAGUUUACACUUUGAGAUUGAGAAAUUUAUGAAUUAAUUUUUCAUGAAAUUAAAAUUAAAAAUCAAACACAGAAUGAACCAUAAAAUUUUAUCUCUGAAAAAAUUUUUAUAUAUAAAUUUUUUUUAUAAAAAAAUUUUUCUUAACCCCCCUUUAAAUUGAAACAAAAUUUUUUGUUUCAAUUUAAAGGGGGGGGGAGUCAGACAUGCAUUGUGCUCAAAUGAUACUAACUCCUCUUGUGGCUAUAUUUUCAGGAAAAUACACCCUCCGUGGGCAAGCAAGAAAUUUUUUCAUAAAAAAAAUUUUAAUAUAUAAAUGAUAAUUAUUAUAAUGAAGUCUGUUUAAUUUAAAAAGCAUUUUAAAAAUAAAUUUAAUAUUUUAUUUUCUAAUUAGGUUUUUUUAAAAGAAAAUUUUCUAUAAAAUUCUACAUAAAAAAAGCCCGUUCGUGAUCAAUAAAACAUUAUUUUUACAUGCUUAGGGAAGUCAGCAUAAAGACGAAAUAAUCCAAAUAUUUGAGAAUUUCUAUAUAGAAAAAAAGCUAGACGGAAACAAACUUCAAGCGAUAUGAGCAGCAAAUUAUUGCUUAUUUACAUUGCAAGAUGAAUCUUUAGCUAAAAUUAAGCUAAAUAAAACCAAAAAUAUUUUUGAUUUUAGUCUCGAAGCAAACUAUCAAGAAUAUUUAUGUAAGAAAAAUAUCUCAAAUGCUUGUUCUUCUCAAAGCUCUCAGUUUUCAGAUUAUUUUUUGCAAUUUCACAUAAUAAAAAAAGCAGAUAAACAAUUAUGUAUCAAUUUAUUUAAAUUUUGAAACGAGAUUACCCUAGCUAAACCAAGCUUAAAAAAGCUAAAAACAGACUUGAAUUCCAUAAACAAAAGUAUUUCUAAUUUAAAUACGAAAUAUAGCCAAAUAUGCAUAAAAUUUCCUAAUUCAAAAGAAUCCUUGGUUCUUUUAGCAUCAUAUUAUAAACAGAUUAUUUAUGAUAUCGAAAAAUCGAGACAAAUUGAAGUAAAGUUAAAAGUGCUUGAAAAAUCCAUAUCAAAUACCCAAAAUAAUUCGACUAUUUUCAGCUUUUCCCAUCAUCUCAAUGGAAUUUUAAUAAUAUCAAAUGAAAAAAAUAAUUUUGGAGAAAUUAUCCAUUGUAACCAAAGAUUAUCUGACUCCCUCCUCAGUGAGUGAACAAAACCAUUGGAAAAAUAGCUAUUUUUUGGUCAACCCUACGCGAGUGAACAAAGAUUUUUUAUGGAAAAAAUUUUGAUAUAUAAGUGAUCAUUAGUAUAAUAAAAUCUCGAGUUAAUUCUGUUUAAUUUUAAACAAAUUGCAUUUUAAAACAUAAAUUUCGCAGAUUAAAUAAUAUUUGCUUUCCAAUUUUUGCGAAUUAGGAUUUUAUUAAAUUUCGAGAAAAAAAAAUUCUAUAAAAUUUAUAUAUAAAAAAAAUUGACUUUUUAUGUUCGCUCACGGAGGGGGGGAGUGAGAUAUUUAGACUUCCUAAAAAUAGGAUUAUUUACUAG